UAAUAGCAGCAUUUUUACAGGUAAUACUGUACCAAUACGUCAGCGUUUCAUACGACCCAACAGUCCAAAAAAAUUCCGUAGGAUAUUUAUCACGCUUCAGAUAUAACUGUUACUUCGGCAUAUCGAUGCAAUGGCAUCUAUGGUUUCUCUUCAACCUACAAGAAACCCAAUGAUGUUAUCUCCUCACAUCUUUCAAACCCUAAAAACAAACCCAUCCUCUCUAAACCCAACUCAAAAAUAUAAACCCUUUUGUUCCUCCUCCUACGCAGCCUCCAAGUCACAGAGUAGCUCCAUCUCCAAGUUUUACCGUCGCAAAAACAACCCCUCAAACGAACAUAAACUUGACAAAUCUAAUCCAAACAGCAAUGGCCCAUUACGUGGGAACUCCACAAAUGUCACUCCAAAUGUUGAUUUGAUUAGUUUAUGUGACGAGGGUAAAGUUAAGGAGGUUUUAGAGUAUAUUAGCCAGGGAGUUUCAGCUGAUUAUAAUGUUUUCUGUGCUCUGUUAGAUUCUUGCGGGAAUUUGAAGCUGCUUGAUAUGGGUAGAAGGGCUUAUGAGUUCUUGAGGCGGUCGAAUUAUGUUAAUGAUGUUGAAAUGAAUAAUAAAUUGAUGGGAAUGUUUAUAAAAUGUGGGAGUAUGAGAGAUGCACGCAGGGUGUUUGAUAAAAUGCCGGAGAGGAAUUUAGGCUCCUGGCAUUUGUUGUUAAACGGGUAUGCGCAGAACGGGGAGGGGGAUAACGGGUUGAUGUUGUUUGAGGAAAUGAAGAAAUUGGGAUUGAAGUUGAAUGAGGAGAGUUUCUUGGCGGUUUUCGCUGCUUGUUCUACUGUAGGAGCUGUAGACGAGGGGUUAUUAUACUUUGAAGCAAUGAGAAAUGAGUAUGGAAUCAGUCCUGGGAUUGAACAUUAUCUUGGAGUUAUUAACAUACUAGGAUCAGCUGGUUAUUUGUAUGAAGCAAAGGAGUUCAUUGAGACACUGCCAUUUGAGCCUACUGUGGAAGUUUGGAGGGCUCUUCGGAAUUUUGCGAGAAUUCAUGGAGAUAUUGAACUCGAAGAUCAUGCUGACCAGUUAUUGGUUGAUCUCGAUCCUUCUGAGGAUAAUGCUAAUAAAAUUGCAUUGCCCCUAAGGAAAAAACAUACGGCUGUUAAUAUGCUGGAAGAUAAGAAUAGGCUUGGUGAGUAUAGGUGUGCUGAACCCUACAGAGAAGAGGGUUUCGGCAAAUUGAAAGGUUUAAACGGGCAGAUGAGAGAAGCGGGUUAUGUUCCGGAUACGAGAUAUGUCCUUCAUGAUAUCGAUGAGGAAGCAAAAGAACAGGCAUUAUUAUAUCACAGCGAGCGCUUGGCGAUUGCUUAUGGUUUGAUCAGUACGCCUGCUAGGCAAACUCUUAGAAUCAUGAAGAACCUUCGAAUUUGUGGGGACUGUCACAAUGCAAUAAAAAUUAUGUCAAAUAUAGUCGGAAGAGAGCUUAUCGUCAGGGACAACAAGCGGUUUCAUCAUUUUAAGGAUGGCAGAUGCUCUUGCGGAGAUUACUGGUGAUUAUUUUAACACUUUAAUGCUCUAAUUCUGCUUCAUUACUGUAUCAAUGUCAAAAUAUUAAUUGCAAAUACAUUUUUUAUAUUGUGCUGAUGUUGGAACUUAAUAGAAUGUUCAAUAUUUAACUGAAAACCAUUCGUGACUA